GGGGGGCGGGGGGGCCGCCGCCGCCGCCGCCGGUGCGCCAUGGGGACGGCCCUGGACAUCAAGAUCAAAAGAGCCAAUAAGGUGUAUCACGGCGGGGAAAUGCUGUCUGGUGUGGUGGUCAUAACCUGUAAGGAUUCAGUCCAACACCAAGGAAUUUCAUUAACCAUGGAAGGAUCGGUAAAUCUACAACUUAGUGCCAAAAGUGUUGGUGUGUUUGAAGCUUUCUAUAACUCUGUUAAGCCCAUCCAAGUUAUCACCAGUACCAUAGAAAUGGUGAAGCCAGGGAAGCUGCCCAGUGGCAGGACAGAAAUUCCGUUUGAGUUCCCUCUCCACGUGAAAGGCAACAAAGUCCUAUAUGAGACAUACCACGGAGUGUUCGUCAAUAUUCAGUACACCCUCCGCUGUGACAUGAGGCGCUCUAUUUUGGCCAAGGAUUUGACAAAGACCUGUGAGUUCAUCAUUCACUCUUCACCACAAAAUGGGAAGCUGACGCCAAGUCCUGUGGACUUCACCAUCACACCAGAAACCUUACAGAAUGUUAAAGAGAGAGCCUCACUCCCCAAGUUUCUCAUCCGAGGGCACCUCAACUCCACAAACUGCGUCAUCACACAGCCCCUGACUGGGGAGCUGGUAGUUGAGAAUUCCGAAGCCGCCAUAAAAAGUAUCGAGUUGCAGUUGGUGCGAGUGGAAACCUGUGGUUGUGCAGAAGGGUAUGCUAGGGAUGCCACGGAGAUCCAGAAUAUCCAAAUCGCCGAUGGAGAUGUUUGCAGGAGCUUGUCUGUCCCUAUCUAUAUGGUAUUUCCCAGACUUUUCACCUGCCCUACCCUGGAAACCACCAAUUUCAAAGUAGAGUUUGAAGUUAAUAUCGUCGUCCUUCUGCACGAUGAUCACCUUAUCACUGAAAAUUUCCCGUUGAAGCUGUGCAGGAUAUGAAAACAAGGGUGGAGGCUUGAAAAAAACGAAGAAGAGGACUCCAUUUAGUCAUUCCUGAUUUUCUUUGAGCAAAUACCUGAAACCCUACGAAUCCCUUCAUGGUUUUUCCUAACUGAAGAGAAAUCCGAUUCUUUAUAAAGUGCAACCACUGUUGGGGUUU